UUGUGUCAGGUGAUGACGUGUUUCCGGUUUGAGGCAUCCAUCCAAGCGAGGACCGAGAAGAGAGAACGGGAGUGUCACUGUUUAUUAAAGUAAAAAAAAACAAAACAAAACAAAUCAAAACAACAACAACACCGAAUAACUCUCUACUGACAACUCAGGUCAUCAUGGCAUCCGGCAGCUCGAGCAGCGAGGAGGAGAGGAGCCUGCGGGAGUGUGAGCUCUACGUGCAGAAGCACAACAUCCAGCAGCUGCUGAAGGACUGCAUCGUGCAGCUGUGCACGUCCAGGCCCGAGCGUCCCAUGGCCUUCCUCCGGGACUACUUCGAGAGGCUUGAGAAGGAGGAGGCCAAACAGAUGCUCAGCCAGCAGAAAUCCGGUUCUCGCUCUGAUUCCCGAGAGGACGAGAUUUCUCCUCCCAUGAACCCGGUGGUGAAAGGUCGCCGUCGCCGCGGCGCCAUCAGCGCAGAGGUUUACACCGAGGAGGACGCCGCAUCCUACGUUAGAAAAGUUAUUCCGAAAGACUACAAAACAAUGGCUGCUCUUGCUAAAGCGAUCGAGAAGAACGUGCUGUUCUCUCACCUCGAUGACAACGAAAGAAGUGAUAUAUUUGAUGCCAUGUUUCCCGUGAACUACAUCGCCGGAGAGACUGUCAUUCAGCAAGGUGACGAGGGCGAUAACUUCUACGUUAUUGAUCAGGGUGAAAUGGAUGUGUAUGUGAACAACACGUGGGUGACGAGUAUCGGAGAAGGCGGCAGUUUCGGCGAGUUGGCGCUGAUUUACGGCACUCCGAGAGCUGCGACCGUUCGAGCCAAAACCAACGUCAAACUGUGGGGCAUCGACAGAGACAGCUACAGGAGAAUACUCAUGGGGAGCACUCUGAGGAAGAGGAAGAUGUAUGAGGAAUUCCUGAGCAAGGUGUCCAUUUUGGAAUCUCUGGAUAAAUGGGAGAGGUUAACGGUGGCUGAUGCUCUGGAGACGGUGCAGUUCGAGGACGGGCAGAAGAUCGUCGUCCAAGGCCAACCCGGAGACGAGUUCUUCAUCAUCCUCGAGGGAUCGGCAGCGGUGCUUCAGAGACGCUCCGAGAAUGAAGAGUUUGUAGAAGUGGGCAGACUCGGAUCUUCUGACUACUUCGGUGAGAUUGCGCUGCUGAUGAACCGUCCUCGCGCCGCCACCGUGGUCGCGCGCAGUCCUCUGAAGUGUGUGAAGCUCGACCGUCCUCGGUUUGAGCGUGUGCUCGGACCCUGCUCCGACAUCCUGAAGAGGAACAUCCAGCAGUACAACAGCUUCGUCUCUCUCUCCGUUUGAAUCUCUCUCUCUCUUUCUCUCUCUCCUUUCACCUCCUCUGUUUAUCGCAGGGUCCAGCUACGCUUUAUUUUCUUACUUCUCCUGUGUACGUUUCGUUCGUGCUUGCCGUGUGUGUGUGUGUGUGUGUGUGUGUGUGUGUGUGUUGUAGGUUUAACCUCACAUUCUCGAAUGUAGAGAUGUAAAAUGAAGCCGCUGAAACAGGAAAUCGACCAGAAACUGCUCUCCUUAACAGUUAUUCUCUUCAUGUAAAUGUGACUAUUUAUUUUUGCAGCGUUUAGGACGUCACGAGUCCUGAGGCGAGGCUGCUCGGUACAUCCAUCCACUUAUUUUAUUUAUUUUAAUUUUUUUUCCUCUUCGUUCAGCCGUUCAAACUGUUUCAGAGUAUUUAGGAUCUGGCUAUAGUUACAACAAGAUCACUUUAAUUUUUCACAUUUUUAUAGUACUGCUCCUUCAUGUGUUUUCCACAUACUUGUGUGAGAGAGUGUGUGUGUGUGUGUGUGUGUGUGUGUGUGUGUGUGUGUGUGUUGUAGCUUAAUCUGAUAUUCUCAAACAAAAAGCUGAAAUAGGUCAAAUAUUUAAAAAAGAGAGAAUUCUCUUCCUUACAGUUGACUUACCUUAACUCCUUUAUACAUACAAUAGAUUUAUUUUAUUAUAUUUCUUUUAUCGUUACUCGAUCCUGGCGUUCCAUCCAGGGUGUAUUCCCGUUUCGAACCCAGUAUUCCCGGGAUGGACUCUGGAUCAACCGUGAUCCUGACCAGGAUAACUGCUCUGGUUACUUUUUUGUAGUCUUUGGUCCAAAAGGUAACUUCUCUAACAAAGAAUUUGAUGACAACCAAGUAUAAUUUACAAAAAGUAACACAUUAAAAAGUCCAAUAUCUAUCAAAUUGAAACCUACAAGAAGUUACAAUAAACGAAAAUAAUUAAAAAUAAUUAAACAGAGCAAGUCUGAUUAUCCAUAUCAGGAUAAAUGGGGUGGAAGGACAGAACCUUCAGGGAGAAAUUAUUCAAGGUUUUUUUUGUUUUGUUUUGUUUUUUUAAUUGUGAGGUCAAAUAUUAAAAUAUUUGAGAUUUCAGCAAAAAUUUGUUUCAUUUUUUUUGUUUAAUCAUAAUUAAACCAAGUCCACCUUACUGUCUUAAUUUUCUGUGUAUUUUCUUUUCUAAUCUUGAGUUUUGGGCUUUCGUAAAGAUCAGGAAUCACAGAUUUCUCUCUCUCUUUCAAUUACAUGAUGAUGUAGAAGUGUUCAGAACGUGACGAAUCCCGAGACGAGCUGUGAACUGAUUGUUCUUAAGUUUGCGCCCUUUACAGUGUUUACAGUUCAUUUUGGAUUAUAGUGACGCCAAAGGCGUGCGUGUGUGUGUGUGUGUGUGUGUGUGUGUGUGUGUGAGAGAUUUGUUGGUUCUGUUUUUUCUCUCGAUGGUACUGAAGUUGAAUCAUUUAAACUGUGCGUGCUUGUGUGUGUGCUUGUGUGUGUGCGUGUGUGUGUGUGUGUACUGUAGCGAUCCGCUUUGCUCCUUACUGUUCUUUAUUGCACAUAUAUAGCAGACGUAAAUGAUAGUAAAUCACCAUAACUGUAUUUUUUGCACACUUUGGUAUAUACUGAAAUUGAAAUAUUAAGAUUCUCUAUAUAUAAAUAUAUGUGGCGCUUAUUUUGCAUUAUUAUUGGUCCUGUUGUUUUUGUUUUGUUUUUCUUUAUUUUUAUUGCUCUACUCUCCCUUCACACCUAUCGUUUAACUGUAUAUCCAAAACCGCACCAUGUUCACUACAUAGUGCACUGUUUUUCUAAAUCCAGCACACUCACGAAAUCCCAGAAUGCCCUGCAGUAGGUUAAAGUCCAAACAGUCGACCAUAGACGUAUGCAGGGUGGCAUAUGUAGUGAAUAAUAUCUCUGGUUUGGGACACGUCCACAGCGGACUAGUGGUGAGGUGGUCAUGAUGUUUGUGUUGCCUGUGUAGUAAAUAGCGUGUAUAUUGGGACGCGUCCACGGUACACUGAUGAUGGUCUGACGUAUUUUAGUGAAUAAGGUGUGGUUUGGGACACAUCCAUAGUAGACUAAUGAUGAGGAAUCGUUAGUGAUGGUGGUUAUGAGGCCUCAUUAGUGAAUAGGGUGUGUGGUUUGGGACACAUCCAUUGUAGACUGAUCAGGGGGAGGAGUUUGUGGUGUCUAUGAAGCCUGUAUAGUAAAUAGGGUCUGGUUUGGGACACGUCCACAGAAGACUGAUGUCUGUUAGACAUUUUUAGAUGGUGGUUGUGAGGCCUCAUUUAUUAAAUAGUGUGGGUUUGGGACACGUCCACAGUGGACUAGUGAGGGGGAUUAGUGUAGUCACUGUAGUGAAUAGAGUGUUGUUUUGGAAAGCGCCAUUUUAGAUGUCUCAUUAGUGAAUAGGGUGUGGUUUGGGACACUUUAAAUCUUCUCUGUUUUUACCUCACAGUUCUUCUGUUCUUCACAGCAAUGUUUCAUUUAGGUAUUGUGUGUUAGUCGUAGUCACACAUUUCAUGAGUAAGUGCUUUGGAUUAACGGAGUGAAGCAUCGCUGAGUGAACGUUAGCACACGUGCAGUACUGUGUUGUUCUUUUUAAGGUCCCUGUAACAUAAUUGUGUUUUGAUUAUAAACACUGUGGAACACAAAGUGAAAUCGUAGGUACCGUUAACAACAGAGUAGCUUUUACCUAGUCAGGUCUAUGGUCAUUUCAUUUUAUAACAUGUUUAAAGUAGCAGUAUGCAACUUUUUUUUUUUUUUUUUCCCUAAAAGUGAAAUAAGUAGCAUUUUGUCUGAGUAGAGGAAAGUACUCGAAAACGUGGCAUUCUUUCAAGUCGGUCUAAAAGUCCUAAAAUAUAUUUGAAAUAAAUUGUACACCACCUUGGGAACAACACCAGAUUCCCAAUAGUUACAUACUGCAACUUUAAUAAAGAAUGUUUGUAUAGCAAACAUGUUUGUAUAGUAUUAAACAGGACAGUGAAUUACGGUUUUUCCAAACGUCGUACUGUAUUUCUCAACACUGACUGAAGAAACUGAAGCUGAAAACGUGUGUGUAAGUGUGUGUGAGUGAGAGAUGCAAACCCCUAUAAGAGUCUCUUUACACUCAUGUUGGAUAAUUUUAGAGUGUGGAAGUGCCUGAUUUCUUCAUUUUCAAAAGUUCCUUUUGCUUGGGCAUCGCUUUCGAUAAACGCACAUCUAUCAGUCUGUCUGUCUGAGCAUAGGAAUCAAUCUCAUAUCGCAAAAAUCGCCUCACGUCUUAUCACAGGUUUACAGCACGAAAUGUUCUUGUUCGUCCAGUCAUCUUCAGUAAACUCUUUAUCGCGAUCAGAGACACUUUGGUUUAAAUCAUUUGUUUGAAUUGUACAAAAGAGAAUAAGGAACGUUCGUUAGAAAAUAUUGCGAAAGGGUGGGAUUGUUCGACGUUUCUGCAGGGGCGGGAUUAAAAUGCAGUCUUGUCCACACCUCUACCUGGCAGCUACGUUGUAUAAUCCUACCUUCACACUAGCAAGCGACAUUUCAGGUGCAGUUUUCUUAAGUCUGUACAAAAUACAAAACGUAGCUAUGAUAUGGUAAAGCUACAAAUUCAGAUGAUUGGGUCAGAUGAUUUUUAAACAAAAUUGGUGCAUAUAAAUCAUAAAUGGGCCACAACGAGACAAACUAGCAUUUGCUAGCGUGAACAUAGAAUAUUUCUGGUCACCGGAAGAGAAGAGUUCCUUGAAAGCAGUAAAAACAUGAUGGACAAAAUUAAUAAUGUAACGAUACAACGUAAAGAUAUCGUAAACUGUGCUAAACAGUGAAGUGAUUACUGUGAUGUGAAAAUGAAAUAUUGGCACUGUGUAUUAAUGAAACAAUGCUUUUUUUUUUUUCCUUUUUUUUCUUAUGGCAAUGACUUUAGUGUCAUACCAUGUUUUUUUUUUUUUUUUAAUAGCAUAAUACUGACUGAACAUCCUUUUUCCUACAUGUUUAUAAAUUACGCAGAAGCUUGUGAAAGAAGCAGAUGUGAUUUUCUUACGUUGUUCCCUCACGUUGAUUUCUGCAGUAUUUGAUUUUUAGGAAACGGCUCUUGCGUGUUUGUGAUACGUUUAUAGUUUAGAGUUAAAUGAUUUUCUGUGCUAACUCAGUGGCUGCUCAUUGCGUAGUGCUGCAACGACACGCUGUUUAUUUCUGAUUAUAAAGAAACGUUCACGCUUCCCUCUGUAAGCGGCCAUAUUGGUCCCUUUUCCCCCCAGAAUCCACUUCCUCUUGUGUAUUAGUCAUUCCCAUGUAUUCUUUUCAGAGCUAUAGUAUGGAUAAAAAGCUGAUAUUAUGUGAUCAUGGCUGACGUGUCCAUCUGCGCUGCUCUUUAGCUUUGCUGAGGACCAUUUUCUCUUCUGUUUCUGUGAUGUAUACAGAUUUUUUUUUUUCUUCUUUUUUCUUCCCUUUUUAUCGUGCUGAUGUUGUAACCCUUUUUUGGUAUCGAUCAUCCCAAUGGCAGGCCAAGCAAUAAAAAAAUUCUUAAACAUG